AUCGAUAUCGCAUAAUUGUCUAACAGAGUCUCCGCGAUUCCCUCCUCCUCGCCUUCAAUAUCGUCCACGUAGACUUGCAAUGUUAAGGCACGCAUUUUCAAGAUCCACACGGCCUGGCAAUCCAAGUCUCAUAAUGAUUUACAGAUAGUAUACAAGAAGAAUUCGAACGAUAUUUCGAGAAGAAAAGUAUAAGAGAGCAAUGUACCGAAGAAUCUUUGAUGCAUUUACAUAAAGCUUUUCUGACGACAGAAAAUGAGGAAAUGGAUCCCUCUCAACUGUAUGACGCUUUUCAAGACAUCCUCCAGAUAAAAAUACCUCAAGACGAAUUUCAAAUUUUUUUCAAAAAAAUAGAUAUAAAAUUCCGUGGUAAAGUAACGUGGGACGAAUUUAUUUCCUAUUUGCUGGUAGAAUUUGCAGACAUAGAUACCACUGUGCAAGCACAAAUGUUGGAAGCGCCGUUAACGGAUCUACCGAGAUUAUUAAGAACGCGUCAUCGCACUCCUGUCUGCAGAAUUACAUUUUGUCCUGAAGUUCUACCGGAUAGAAGUACGAGUUUCCGCAGCGGUUGUUACCUGACUGUUAGUCGGGAUGGGAUGAUUAACUAUUGGUCGUUAGAUCUCGAGUAUGAGCGCUCUGUGCAAUCCAAGAGUAUAUAUUUAAAGAUUCAAUCGACUGUCAUAACUGAUAUGAUCGUGCUGCCAGAUGUUCAGAUAGUAUGCACGAGUUCGACGGAACGCGAGUUGAGAUUUUAUGACGCCGCGGCGAAGAAAUUUGAUCUUUGCGUAUUGAUAUCCAGUUUGGAGAACGCAGUAGUAUGUAUGCAUUAUUACUUCAGUGUAAACAUUGAGGAGAAUUCCUAUAUCAUCCUGGGUGAUACAAGUGGAUCUAUCAUAAUCGUAUCCUUUAAUCCUAUGAAUAAAGGACCUUUUAAGCAGCGCACUACCCGUGACGCGAUCAUGCUUCGUUACGAUGAUGUCAUGAAGGGAGAGCUGCAAGGAUUUGAAAUCACGAGAUUUAAGAACAUACACACGAACUGGACGAGCCAAGUGGCUUAUUAUGGAAGCAUGCGAAUUUUCAUAUCGAGCAGCCAAUGUACUGUUUGUUCUUUGUGCGUUUACGAUAUAACCGCAACGAGGAUGCAAUAUAAAUUCCAAGUUCCCAUGGGAGUAUCCUGCUUUGCACUCUGCGAAGAGAGCCGCACACUAAUAACGGGUGGACCGGAUUGUGUGGUCCGCAUUUGGAACCCGUUCAAUCCAGGAAAAGCAAAUGUCAUACUUCCAGGACACCAUUCAACAAUCUGCGCACUCGCUGUGAUAAACGCCGGCAAGCGUAUUUAUUCCUUGUCAAAGGACAGAUGCAUAAAAGUGUGGGAUGUCCCGGCCCAAAAUUGUAUUCAGACGUACUACAAAUUACCCAGAGAACUCAGUGAAUAUACGCCAAUGACCAUAGUAUUUAAUACGCUGGCCCGUACGAUGAUCAUUGCUAGCAUGAUGAUAGCCGUUCUUGUUUGCGAGCAAGUAAUUAACGAGGAAUAUUCGGAUGGCUACACGCACACAAAAGGUGUUAGCUGCGUUCUUUAUAAUCAGCUCUUUCGUGUGAUUAUUUCUACCGGAUUGGAUUCGUGUAUCAUUGUUUGGGAUCCUUGGUCUGGACGCCGUUCACGUCUGAUUAAGCAUGCUCAUGGUAUUAUUCAAUAUGGGCAAUACGUCGAUAUCGAGAUCACGGCGGCCUGUUUCGAGGAUUCUGAGCAAUUUUUAAUUACCGGUGCUAGAGACGGAUCGUUGAAAAUAUGGAAUUUCAACACCGGUAUCUGUAUACGCAAUGUGAUGAUCGACUAUCAGUGCGAAAUAACCAGUAUUACAUGGUUUGAAAAUCGAAUCCUGUGCUGCGGCUGGAACAAAUAUGUUACCGAAUUGGCAGCUUUCGCAUCUAACACGUACAAAAAAAAUUGGACACUCAGUCACACCGAUCACAUUCUAUGCUCAGAUAUAAGAUUCCCUCAGCUACUAGUCACCGGAACGUAUAAUGGAGAAUUGAUUCUUUGGAGACUUGAAACGGGACAGCCUUUCAGGAAGUACCAAGUGAUCGAUGUUAGCAGAAGGCACAUAACGAGGGAAACAAAUGCGCGGAAAGAAUUCAUACGAUCUAAUGACAUGGACAGAUCUAUAAAUCAACGAAUUAAAAAAUUUACUCCGUGCGCCCAUCAAGAGUCAGCAUUGAACAUAAUUCGCGUGAUAGCAGUACGCGCGAUAAUCUUUCUGAGUGCGCGAGAAGUGAAACCAAAUGUCGGUACACUCUUGGUCGCCCUUGAUUCCGGUUUGGUGCAAGUAUGGACACAUCAUCCAGCGGCAGGAUUUUUAGGAGCUUUCACGAUUAUCCAUACUUUACGCGAUUGCGCGACAUCUUUAGCUACCGAUCCUGAAAAUCAGUUUCUCGUAACAGGACACAGCAUAGGUUAUAUAAAAGUUUGGCUUCUCUCAAAUUACAUGCUACCAAAUCCGCCAAAAGUGUGCAUGCCUCUACUGAGAUUAGAAUUUCCAUUCUUGUGGAAAGACAGAAUAAACGGAAGAGCAAAAAGAGCAGUGCGAAAUCAGACGCUGCCGCUCCUGUUAUCAUCAGUACGCGGUCAUAUGCGAGGAAUUACUUCCCUUCAAAUUAUUUAUAGCGCGCGAAUAAUAGUCAGCGGUAGCGCGGAUCGUACAGUACGUUUGUGGAGUUUCGGUGGUCGUUACAUAUCAACACUCGGCACGUUCAGAGAUUGGAUCCCGCUCUUACCCAAUAUAUCCGUACAGAAAUAUUUCGAGGACUAUAAGAUUCCAGCGGAUAUUAAGCGAUUUGCCAGUUUCACUACUUUAAAGGUACUUCAUGGCGGUAUGAGACAAAUAGAAAUGGAGAUCGAGGAAACGGAGAUCGAUAUAUCGAAAGAAAGUUUUGAAGAGGUGCGACACAUACUGCAUGGAAAGGAAUUAGAUAGAUCAGUGCUUGAGAAUUAUUAUAAAUCACAAUUGCCUAGCAAAACGUAUCAAGAACAUUACACAUUGGACACUACUUUGCCAUAUAUACCAAUUUACACACAUUUAUCAACAUGCUCUCUAAAACCUGUAGAGGCGCCAAAGACACUUUUACUUGGACAGAAAAUGGAACUUGCUAAAAAAGUAUAUUUAAGAAGAGCAAUGAAACCAUUACACUUGCUACCUGAUAAAAAAUCUUUGUAAAACCAUUUUAUCGAAUUGAUAUCUUAUAAUGAAAACUUGUAAAACUUACAAAAUGUAAGUAAAUUA